GCCAGUGCAGAGCACGGGAGCGGGGAGUGGUGGAGCGCCGAGGCGACGGGCAGAGCGCGUGCGUAACGACGGAGAGACCGACGGAGGGCGGCGCGACACAGGAAACAGCGUCAGCGAAGUUUUCUGGAGCACCUUCUGCCUUGCAACCGACGUGCUGCGAACCUGGGGAAGCAAGCAAGUCGACUUGUUGAAAGAAUCACUUGUGAUUCGAAGUGCCAAUCUAUCACUUAUCAAGAGCCGAUUUAUGCAGCUCCGAAGCGCUAAGAGAGGUCAGAAUAAGGUCGGUUCAGUUCCUGUGAUGGAACUGUGAUCGGAGCUGCUGGCGCUCACAAAAACGUUACUUGUUCAGUCUGACUGAGCACUGAUCAGAGAUCUUGAUUCUUGUGCGACAAGUGACCCUGAUUCAGGAGGCACAAGUGAAGGAUAGUUCAGCAUAUUCGACGACGAAACGAAAAACGAAGUGGACGAGCCUGGUGGACGUCUACCGAAACUGGAAGCUGUAGCUGAAAGAUCUCAAUCGCAUGACCGAGCCAUCAUCCUGUCCUGUGGACUACGACUUGCAAUCCGUGAUCUUUACUCCGUAACACGUACGAUAUAUUUCGUACCUUGUGACUUGUGAUCUGAGUCCGUAUCCCGUGUCCGUGCCCAUUUUCCGUGACCCGUGACCUUUAAUCCUUUCUCUGUGACCUGUGACCUGCGACCUGUGACCCGUGACCUGUGACCGUGGCCAUGUACCACGGCGCCGUUCACGGCGGAGGCGGGUACGGCCUGGAGAGCCCCGGCGCCGGGGCGGGUGGCAGCAGCGGCGGCGGCGGCGGCGGCGGGGGCUACCUGUCGGGCGGGGUGUGCGUCCCACCGGCCCACCAGCUGUUCGGCCUGCAGCACAUGACGGGCCAGACGUCCCACAUGGCCAGCUCACCAACGGGCGUCACCGGCACCGCCUGCAACAGUUGGCAGGGCGGCACCGUGCCGGCCUGCUCGGAGCCCGGCCACCCGCAGCUGGGUAUGAACUUUGGCGGCUUCAAGCUGACCGGCGGCCGCGACAUGACGCACUCGGGUCUGGCGCAGGCCCUGCCGCGCCAUUACGGCUACCCGGCCGGCAACAUGAUGGCCUGGCCGUGCAACAACAUGGCCGGCCUGCAGUCGCUGCAACGCGGCACCUACGAGUUUCGGGAGUGCGUGCAGUGCGGCACGGUGACCCAGUCGUGCUACCCGGACGGCACCGGCCACUUCCUCUGCAGCGCCUGCUUCUGCAACCCCAAGUGGAAGGGCAUCGCGCACCCGCGCCUCUUCAACACACGCCGCGGGUCUCCGUACGCCCGGCGAUUCCACUCCAUGUGCACCAAUUGUGGCACCACGCAGACCACGCUCUGGCGGCGCAACAAUGAAGGUGAACCGGUAUGCAACGCGUGCGGGCUGUAUUUCAAGCUUCAUGGCAUCCGACGUCCUCUGUCAAUGAGGAAAGACGGCAUACAGACCCGGAAACGCAAACCAAAGGCGAAGAAAAAGGCAGAGGAAAAGGAAAAGAAAGAAAACUCGAGCUCGGAAUCAGUGAAGGAGGCGCGGGUGGCAGCAUCGAAGUCCGAAACGCCCCCCUCUGAGGGGGCGCCUCGGACCGAUCGGCUGGGCACCACCAAGUCCGCUGCAGCCGACUGCGCACUCCGGACGGCCGCUGGUGGCGUCACCUCGGACGUCUGCUCCGCGAUGGUCUCGCCACCUGCAGUCAGAUCAGUCUCAGUGUCGGGCGCGUGUGGGAGCAGCGAGUUCUCCAGUCUCGGCGGUCUUGGUUACGGAGCUGUGCCGGUCCUGAACAGGCCUAUGAGCCUGGACAUGCAUACCCCUCCUUGAUGACACUACAAGGAGCAGCAAUUGACGUUUUUGUAUUGUUUAUACUUGUUAUGAGCUUCUGGUUGUCGGUUGAAACUUGAACGCAUACAUUUAGGACUAUGUCGGGAAAGGUUCAAACGGUUGGUGAUGUAGUUGCCACGCAGUCAAAGACUAACAAGUAACACAGUCAAUUGUGGAGCUUAUUUUGGAGCUUAUGUCAUUACUAGGAUGAAAUUGAUCGAACAUUGGUGCUGAUUCUUCUUAGUGUUUGUAUGUUUUUGCUGGUCAGAUAUGUCCAUGACUGUUAGCCGUUUGCAGACUGACGCAAUAUUGUUUGUAUAACGUUAAUGAUAUAUCGGAUAUGAAAUGAUAUCUGCGGUGCCUUGUUGUGGUAGAAAUGAGCGUUUUUUUUCAAAUGUCUUGAAAGUGUUAAGGGUAGCUGAAUGCUAGUGAUAUUGAGGACUGAUGAGGCUUCCGACAGAGAAGCAUAAACGGUCGAAUCAAAUGAGGCACGGACGGCUGCAGAAACAGUAUGCAAAUUAUGAAGUGUUGGUUGCUGUUGGGGCUCAGAUACAAUAAGAUGUGCAUUUGAUGAUGAAUAAUAAAUUUCAGUGCACUUG